AUGCAAACUUCAUCAAUAUUUAAUGGAAUAUAUGUAGUUUAAAAAAAGAUAUCUUCUGGAUCAUUUGGAGUAGUGUUACUAGGACAUGACAAAGAAAAGAAUGUUGAUGUGGCAAUCAAAAUUGAGAAAGAAGAGAACGAAGAUGUUCGUUCAUUAGAGAGGGAAGUUUAAGUAUUAGAAAGAUUAUAGGGAACUGAUGGAAUACCAAAAUUAUUAUGGCAUGGAGAAUAGGAUGAAUAUAAUGUAAUAAUUUUACAGUUGUUGGGAAAGGAUCUUUCUUAUUUCAUGAAAAGUUAAAAGAAGUUUUCUUUUAAAACAACAAUAUAGUUGGGGAUAUAAAUAGUGCAUGUUUUAGAGAGAAUACAUAAUAAAGGUGUUGUACAUAGAGAUCUAAAACCAGAAAAUAUUUUAUUUGGUAUUGAGGAUGAAUCAUCAAAAAUAUAUGUAGUGGACUUUGGGAUCAGCAAAAUAUUUAGAGAUGCUUAAGGUGAAAUAUUGUAAUUACUUUGAUGUUAUUAGAUUAGACCUUUUCGAGAUAAUGCUUCAUUUAUAGGUACUACAAGGUAUGCAUCUAUUGCAGCUCAUAAGGGUCAUGAAUUAGGUAGAAAAGAUGAUAUUGAAUCACUAAUUUAUGUGUUACUAUAUUUUAUAAAAGGGUAACGGAAUUUUGAAUUAUUAGAAGUCUAGGCAGCUUCCAUGGCAAAAUAUGCAGAAUGUUACUGAUGAAGAAAGAACGGUCAAAGUCGGUGAAAUGAAAAUCAAUAUGGAUCUACGAGAAUUGUGUAAGGAUGUACCUAUUGAAUUUAUUAAAAUUCUUGAGUAAGUCAUUCAAUAUAUUUUAUAGAUAUUUGAAAUAGUUGCAGUAUAGUAGUCAACCUAAUUAUUGUUUUAUUUAUCAUCAAUUUGAAAAAGCUGCUGAAAAUUAAGGAAUUCAAUUAGAUUAUAUUUAUGAUUGGGAAUCAAACUAAUAGAUGAAGAUAUCUUUAAAUAAUGAAAAUUUAGAUAAUUAACAUAGAUCAGCUAUCUAAUAAUAAUUGUAGCCUCCAUAAUCUACAGAGAUGAAAAAAUCAGUUGAUAAAUAAGUAUCCAAUUUAAAUCGAUAGUAAUAUGUAAAACAUAUCAAAAAGAUUAAGCAACAAUUAAUUUUUAGUACCACCAUCUUAAUUAAAGAGACAAGAUUCUUAACAGCCAAGUGUUGUUUCUGGUAGUGUAAUGUUAAGUACUUAUAACUCAAUCAGGCCAAAAUAUUAACCUUCACAUUUGGCUUUUGAUGUAAAAGUGUGUGAUGACAGUUCUCCAUAAGACAUUGGUUAAACAAUGAAAUAGACAGCUGAAACACGUAAUUAGAAUGGAAAAUAAAAUACCUGUGUUGAGACAGUUGGAUGGAAAGAUUCAGUUUUUGAGGAAAAUUUCGAAGAAAUUCCACUUUCCAAAAAAUACAGUAUGCUUAAAUAGAAAGGAGUUGCAAUGUAUAUAUAAAAUUGAUGAUGAUUAGUUAAAAGAAGAAAUAAAAAAGUUAAAGUCCAAAUCCUUAAAGGAAAAAGAAUUGA